AUGGUAGCUCUGAGUAGGGGGUCAUGUGCUUCACAGGCAGCUGCUGGCGAGCCUAUAGGCCCGGGGCCCGCUGCUGCCUGUCCCGGGGGCUGCCUGUCCUGGGGGCUGCCUGUCCCGGGGGCUGCCUGUCCCGGGGGCUGCCUGUCCCGGGGGCUGCCUGUCCCGGGGGCUGCCUGUCCCGGGGGCUGCCUGUCCCGGGGGCUGCCUGUCCCGGGGCCAGACGGAGAAACUUUCACAGAGAGACAGAGGUGA